AUGUCCCACCAACAAGGGAUUACACCCGCAGACAAGACACAAGAUGAGCAUAUUGAGUCUGUCGAGACAGCGUCUCGCCGGGAGCUGCAGCAUGCAAACGAAUCUACUCAGGACACAGCCCUUGUCCUUAUGAGAGAUGCAGGUCACUCGACCAUCCUAACACCCGAGAACAACGCCAAAGUCCUUCGGAAGAUCGAUCUCAGAUUUCUGCCUAUUCUGCUGGGAAUCUAUUUUCUGCAGCAAGUUGACAAGUCGACUCUCUCAUACGCGUCGGUCUUUGGUCUGGUUGAGAAGGCUCAUCUACAUGGACAGGAAUACUCGUGGCUGGGGGCGGUCGUCUACCUGGUGCAACUCGUUGCCCAGCCGUUUGUUGCCUAUAUCCUGGUCAAGGUACCUCUGGGGAAGUUCCUGGCGUGCACGACCUUUUUCUGGGGCAUUGCCCUGACAUGCAUGACCCCAGCGAAUACUUUUGCGAAGUUGUUGGUGUGUCGGAUUUUCCUGGGCCUCUUUGAAGCUGGUAUACCGCCGGCGUUCAUUGCAAUCACGCAAAUGUGGUAUCGACGACGGGAGCAACCAGUCCGCCUUGGUUCAUGGUAUGCUAUGAAUGGUGUGGUGAACAUGUUUGGAAGCCUCAUAACCUACGGUCUUGGCCACAUUGGUUCUUCGGUCUUCGAGUCCUACCAGAUCAUCUUCUUGUUUUUCGGGCUCAUCACGAUUGUUUUCUCUGCCGUUGUAUUUAUCUUUAUGCCGGACUCACCGAUGAAGUCCAAAUUUCUUCAUGAAGAAGAUAAAGUUUUGGCUAUUGAAAGACUUCGUAUGAACCAGCAAGGUAUCGAAACGCACGAGUGGAAAUGGCAGCAAGUGAAAGAGACAUGUCUCGACAUCAAGUCAUUCUUCUGGUUUGCUUUGAUGUUUUCGAUCUCAAUCCCCAGCGGCGGUAUCUCGACCUUCGGGCCAUUAAUUAUCGAAGCAUUCGGCUUCAACCAAUUCGAUACAAUUCUCUUCAAUAUUCCUUUCGGGGCUGUCCAGCUCAUCGCAACUAUGGGAGGAGCGUGGAUGGCAACGAAGCUCCAGAUGAAGGGUCCUGUCAUAGCUUUGCUUUGCUUGCCUGCCAUUGCGGGAUGUGUGAUGUUGUUGCAGAUUCCCCACGACAAUCAUCACAAUGGGGCACUGCUUGCGGGAUAUUACAUUAUCUCUGUCUACCCUGGAAUUACACCCCUGAUCUACUCGUGGUCUGCGGGUAACACAGGAGGUGAAACGAAAAUGAAGCUCGUGAACGGAGUUCUACUCGUUGGACAAUGUGCUGGUAACGUUUUAGGUUCGAAUCUGUACACUACAACCGAAGCACCGCUAUAUAGACGUGGUCUCCUCUCCAAAUUGAACAUGGGAUACCUCUUUCUUCUCAACAAGAAACACGAGAAGACGCGAGUGAGCAUGGGAAAGAGCGCAAAGAUCAUCGACCACUCCAUGCAAGCUGUAGGAGCAGUCCCCAUCGACAAGACCGAAGUACCUCAGCCGAUGCUUAGCGAAGACAAUGCGUUCAAGGACCUGACGGACUGGGAGAACGAGGAUUUUGUCUAUGUAUACUAA